UUCGCUUCCCUAUAUUGCCAACCCGUGAGUCAAGUAACCUUUUUAUCUACGAGUGGUUUGUUGUUUUCAUAAAAAAAAUUCCUCGUUCCUUUUUAGCUUCGAUUUAAUAAAUGUAAUUUACUAUAAUUGUUGUUUGUAAAUACAAAAAUGUCAUCGAUUUUGCUGUCCCUUCCGGAAAUUUUUGCGUCGUACAAAAACUGGGUGAGCCAAAACCCCCAAUUUGCCAGUGACUGUGAGACUUCAGCAAAGUGGAUUUCUUAUUUUAUUGCCGGUAAAAUCAACAGCUCUCAUGUCUUGUCAGAGCUGGUGUACUGUUUGUCAAAUCUGUUAGUUUUGUUAAAUGACAGGAUCAUAAACAAUGUUAGGCAACUGGAAUUGCCAAGUUCUGGGGACACUUUAAAAUUAUGGUUGACGGUUGUGGAAUAUUGCGAGGUUUUGUUUGAAUUAUCAGCCCAAAAAAUUUGGGGUAAUGUGGGAAAAUGGCUGAUUGUUGUAGGAGUGCAAGUUUUCAAGUGUAUAGCAAGGUUAAUUCUUGUGUACAAUCAUAAAGAAAAUAUAAUACAGACGCCUCCAAUUCCAUUGUUGGAUAGAGGAAAGAUACCGAAAGAUGCUGUAAAUUGCAGUUCGGUGAGAGAAAUAGCUCAAGCGCAAAUAAAUUCUGCUACUUUUACCCUGAAAGAGUCAGGACGAGUGAUAAGAAAAAUUGAUGCUUCACCUCCGAUUAGUUUAAGGACGUGGAAGCCCCUAAAGGCACAAGAAACGUGUGAUAAUGAACAGACAAUUGAACAAGCUUUGGCUGGAAGACAGCUCAUUGCUGAAACUAUUUAUAUAGUUAAACCCAUGGUCCAUUUAGCCUCACUGGCGUGUUUUGGAAAUAAUUCAUGGAAGCCAUGGAUCAUAUCUCUUACAAUGGACAUAACUAGUUUGCAGUUGUAUAAAUCAUGUAAAGGAACAAAGAGCAAUUACUUGACCCCUAAACAGAAAUUACAAUUAUCUAAAAGGACAAUUAUUCUAGUUAUGUAUCUAUUAAGAUCGCCUUUUUAUGAUAAGUAUAGCAAAGAUAAGGUAAAUGCGUUGUUAAUUUCGUUGAGUAGAAAUGUGCCUUUGGCAAAAUUAAUUUGUCAACCAUUGGCACAGUAUUUGCCAUUCUGGCAAAGCAAUUAUUUCUACAUGUGGUCCACUUAAGGAUAUGGUGAUAAGUCUAAAACCAGGGUUAUUAAAACAAUUGGUACAGUCACAGAGAUGGUAUAUUUUUACAAAGUACUUGGUUUCUUGUGUUUUAUAAUAAAGUUGAGAAAAAAUU